GUCUACUACUGAGGUUGGAGUUUGCCGUUCGUUUUGGUCAGUCUUCUAGCCCUAGCUAGCUAGCAGCAGAUGCCUUUAUGUCACCUCUCAGCCAACGUUUGGUUUUCUUUGAAUGAAGUUUGUGAUAAAGACAAGUUAGCAGCACACAAUGGAUUCCCCUGAAGCAGAGGCUUCAACCCACAGUGAAAGAAGAGAAGACACUGCACCAAGCACAUCAAAUACAUCAGGUCAAGGAGAAGAUGGACCAAAGCCAAAAAAGGCUUCUUUUAAGAGGACCACUGGUAAGCCUGCAAAUGCAAAAGCCAAGAAGCAUAAAAAGGCCAGAGUCUCCAGGCCGGCCCAGCUUGGCUACACUGUGCAUCAAGGCGAAGAUAUGCUUCUUGUCAUAUCAAGUUCUACUUCUCAGUAUGAUGGUUCAGCCUGGACUCUCCCAAAGAAGGGAAGCAAAAGGAGGAAGCUAGCUAAAGUAAAAUUAAAAGCUAAUCAGAUUAAGAAAAAAAAGACAGUCCGUGUCAAGCCUAAACCAGCAAACAAUCCAGUUGCCAAGGAAAAAGAGGACACUCAUUUGUUUAUGCUGCAGAACACAACAGAUCACAGAUGGGGUCAAAGUCUUCCCGAGGAGGUGCUAAUCAGUAUUUUUCAGAUGGUGGUUGUCCAAGAUGGCGCUGUACCAUUCCUAUGCAGGGCGGGCAGAGUUUGUCGUCUGUGGAACGCUGCUGCCUCCAGUCCCGUCCUGUGGCGUAAAGUGACUGUGGGUCACUGCUGGAUUGCACCAGGGAAAACCCAGCUACCUAAAACUGAGAAGAAUAUUAAGGACACUGUUAACUGGCUGGCACAGAACAGAUUCUCUCAGCUACGAGACUUCUCUCUCUGUCACUGGACAAAGAAUGUUACCUAUGCAGUAGAGGUUGUGUCGCAGUUCUGCCCUCAGCUUCACUCCCUCAAGCUCUCCUACUGCACAGGCCUGACUGCAACAGCCUUCCACAGCCUUGGUCUGCACAGCCGGUCUCUGCAGAGCAUCGAUCUCCAGUAUUCAGAGUUUCAGGUUGAGGGACUCCUGGAGUACCUUGAAAAUAAUGGGAUCCAGAUCAAGCAAAUUUUGUUCACUCAUGGUUUAAAGAAUGACAGACUGCUGACUGCCAUCACUAAGGGAAAUUGUCCUAAUCUGGAGUUGUUGGAGGUCAACACAAAGCUGGACAGUAAAGGCUGUGAACUUCCCAUUUGCAUCCAGGCACUACAGAUGGCGUGCCCUAAACUGAAGACCUUCCGGAUGCUGAAUGUCAGGCCUCUGCAUAAGAUGAUGCGUAAUGCUGCAGAUUCAAAAUUAGGCUUCCCGUUAUUGGAAGAGCUGUGUAUCGCAACCACCUCUUAUUCCUUCAUGACCGACAAAGAUUUGUGGGACAUCCUCUUUGGCUCCACCAGGCUGCGGGUGUUGGACCUGCGAGGCUGUUCUCGAAUCACAUCAUUCGGUCUCGCAACACUACCCUGUCUUGAGCUUGAAUGUCUGUUCUGGGGACAGUAUUUCAACAGCAAUGUUACGUUGUCAUCACCUAAAAAGGGGCUUCACAUGGUGACCCAGAAAUGGAGUCGAACACUGCAACAGCUUGACAUCGCAAAUCAGCUCUUCACAGAGGAGGACUUGGAAAUAGCGAUGAGUCACCUUGCUCAGGUCACAGAGGCAGAUACCCUGCGUUCACUAAACCUGAGCGGGACCAGGAUUACACCACCUGCCCUCAGACCAGUCAUUGGCCAGAUGACUGCUCUUAGCUACCUCAACCUUUCAUCCUGCCGUUAUCUUCCGAGGGGAAUGAAGCGAAUUUACCGUGGCCAAGAAGACAUUCGCCUGCUACUGGACAAAUUGGAGUAGUCAAUAUUCAUAUUCAUUUGGUUCCAGAAAUGGUUUCAUGCAUAUGUGCAUGUCUUAAAACACACUUCUUUGUGGAUUAUAUUGUUUAAGUAACGUGGAUAUUUUACCUAUAGGUCUUUUUGUAAAUGUUUUAUAUGAAUAUUGUUCACACAAAACAGUUGAAAAAUGCAAAAGCCCGUCUUAUUGUGCUAGAAAGCAAAGGUUUGGAAUCUAGUACAAAGCCUGUUUCUGUUGUAUUAUUGUCAAUUAAUGAAAGGUAAAAGCACUGUCUACAUGUACAGUUAAGAGACAGUGACAUGUUGGAUUUAAAUACAUUUAUAGGCACCUGAAAUGUUCUCCUGCAAGGACAUCCAGUUGUGUAUACCUGGAUUUCUUUGAUAUAAUAUUUGACUCUUUUUUAUUUUAAAUUUUUAUAUACAUUUUGCACCAAAACAAGAAAAAUCAAGAAAUAUUUGACAUUGAAAAUAAAUGUUGGACGUCAUUAAAAGCAUUGUUUUAUAUUUUCUUUGCACUAGAGAGUGCUGUACACUCAAGCUUAAUUUUCAGAAUUGCCAAAUGUGGUCUGUCACGCUGCGUUCAUACAGUUGUCAAGGACAUUCAUUCAAGUAUUUCAAGUUAGACAUAUUUCACACUCUUUGAAAUGACAAUUGUUUGCAUUUGAUAUGCUUUACUGUUUUUGAACAGAAAGUAUCAUAUGGGUGUUUAAGUGCUCUAAAAGUUGCCCACCCCAUGUGAGGAGUAUUCAACAAGGAAAUUAUUUUACGGUAUGUGUUGUACUGAAUUGAUAAAAGUUCCCAAAAUGUAAAGAUGUUCAUACAAAAUUGCUAAAAGAAAGACAAGAUCAAGUACUUAUAUCUCACUUCUUUAUUGGGCCACAGACAACAGUUUGCACAAAAGGUUUUACAAUAGCACAAAAAACCAAAUGUAUGGCUGGCCGCCAAGUGAGGUUAAAGCAAUUCAUUGUUUACUUUGGAAGCAAAAGAUUUCAGCAAGAAAAGCUUUGCCUGCAUGUUAUAAAACAACAAAAUCUUGUUUGUACAGGCAAGGUACAAGUAUGCUCAUGUUAUAUCAAUGUAAAAUCAAUCCAAUCUUUAGACUCCACAAAUGA